ACAUUUAGCAAAAUCUCAGCCUCUCUCUCAGUCUAGCUCUGAUGAGUCUUGGACAUUAAUUACUGUGUCCUCAGUAAAAUCAAAGAUCUCAGCUUCAGUUCCUGAGUGCAGGGAACCUAUGGCAGAACAACGAUCUUGAUGUGAUUCCACCAUUUGAAGUCCUUUGAUUGGGAAGGGCAGAGUAAAAGAUCCAAAAGCGCAGUGAUAUGCUGAGGUUGAAGCGUUUUCAAGGUUGGAUGGACUCAACAGGCCGCUGAGUGAAACGCUGGUCAGCUUUACAGUGUGCUGUUGAUUCUCCGAUACAGGCCGAAUCCUGACUUUGCCAUGAAGAUCUCUGGGAUCUCUUCACUCGACCUUAGUGCAACAGACUAUGGAAUAACCCUGGACCCUACAUUCACCAUGCUGGAGUUUGACAGUCUACGUGUUCUCCCUCUGCAAACAGAGCCACUAAUUCCAGGUCAUGUGCCUACAUCAGUACCAGUGUCUGUGCCGCAGCAGAGUGUGGUGAAUCUCUGUGCCAUCUGCGCAGACAGAGCUACAGGGAAACACUACGGUGCGUCCAGCUGCGAUGGCUGCAAGGGCUUCUUCAGGAGGAGUGUGCGUAAGAACCAUGCUUACGCAUGCAGGUUCAGCAGGCAGUGUGUGGUGGACAAAGACAAAAGAAACCAAUGUCGAUACUGCAGACUUCGAAAGUGCUUCAGAGCCGGCAUGAGGAAAGAAGCGGUUCAGAAUGAGCGUGACCGUAUCAGCUGUCGUAGAGAAGGUCAAGGAGUCGGGACUCUCACCAUUGAUGUGCUGAUGCAGGCAGAGGCUUGCACUCAUCAGAACCAGAAUCCCACGAGGGACAUCAACACCAUGAAGAUAGCCGGCGUGGGAGAUGUGUGUGAAUCCAUGAAACAGCAGCUCCUCCUCCUAGUGGAAUGGGCCAAGCGCAUCCCUGAGUUCUGUGAGCUCUCGGUGGAUGACAGGGUGGCACUGUUAAGAGCUCACUCCGCUGAGCACCUCAUCUUAGGGGUGGCACGCCGUUCACUUCCCUUCAAUGACAUCAUCCUGCUGGGAAAUGACUUCAUCAUUCCUGUUCGGGGCACCGAGCAGGAGAUGUCCAAGGUAGCCACUCGUAUCCUGGAAGAGCUGGUGAGACCUCUGAAAGAGCUGAACAUCACAGACACUGAAUUUGUCUGUCUCAAAACCAUCGUCUUCUUCGCCCCAGACUGUCCUGGACUGCAGUGCUCUCAGACAGUGCGCCAACUGCGAUUCCAGGCCCAGGUGCUGCUGGAUGAGGCCACGAGCGAGCAGCGAGGCCGGUUUGGGGAGCUGUUGCUGUUGCUGACCACACUCCAGAGUGUGGCCUGGCAGAUGUUGGAGCAGCUGCAGCUGAUGCGUCUCCUGGGCAAAGCCAAUGUGGACAGCCUGCUGAUGGAGAUGCUCCUGGGAGAAGAAGCAAGCAGAGGAUCUGAAGCACUGCCAGCCUCAGGGUCAAAUCCUGAGCCACUUAUAUUCACCACAGCUACCGAGCCUGUCCUCUCCAGAGGAAUACUGACGGAGCAUAUCCCAGUGCCUAACUUCACAUCCGUGAUCCUUCCUGUACCCUCCUCAGCUCUGUCUGAAGAUCCCCUGCUACCCACACACACUGGACCUGAGGUCUUCACACAUGGACAAGCAGCAGACAUGCCAAGAGAAAUGUCCAACAGUCUCGCCAUGCCAACUGUCCACACGUGCCUUUAACCACAUGUAUAAAGGUCCUCAGUUAAGCAGACAUAAAUAACUUUAUAUACUUAUAACCUCUGCUGAAAAACUCAUAAAACUGAAGACAAGGAGUCAUUAUAUUUAAAAUUUAGUGAGUAGGAUAAUGCAUAAUAUUAGGGUUCAAAUCUAACAGUGUUAAAAAUUUUAUAUGAGUGAAAAAUGAACACAAUAAACGGUCUCCAAGCAGUAUAUAAAUAUUUUGUAUGGAGAUCACUGGUAAAUGAUUGUCUAAUUUAUUGGAUGGUGACAUGGCAGGGCAUAAACAUUACAGUUGAACAACUCUCAUGGGUUCAUGGUUCAAUCAGAUACCAGAUGUCAAACACAUGAGGGUUGGAAAAAGGGAUGCCUGAUUUUUCUUCCACUUGAAAAUAUCAUAAGAGAUUUUCUUUAGGCGUUAAAUAUCAUUGUUUUGUUUUCAUAUCAUACACUGUAAAAAAUGAUUUUGUUCUUGUUGUUGUAAAUAAAACAGAUUUUUUGAGUAGA